AGGCUGCCCUUGGUUGCUGGUAGCCAUUGCACCAGGCCUUCUCUCCCUGUCAUCUUCCAGGAACAACCAGUGUCCAGGAGGCAGAAGAUGCCCCACUCCAGCCUGCAUUCGUCCAUCCCAUGUCCCAGAGGUCACAGGGCCCAGAAGGCAGCCUCUGUCCUGCUGGUUGCCUGCUUGGUGGCCCUUUGGGGGCUGAAGGAGCCACCAUACCACACUCUCUGGUACCUGGUACUCCACCUGGUCUCCCUGCAGCUAGGACUGCUGUUCAAGGGGAUCUGCAAUCUGGCUGAGGAGCUGUGCCAUGUCCACUCCAGGUACCAGGGCAACUACUGGAGGGCUGUGUGGGCCUGCCUGGGCUGCCCCAUCCGCUGCGGGGCGCUGCUGCUACUGUCCUGCUAUCUCUACUUCUCCCUCCCAAACAUGGCUGGCCUGCCCUUCACUUGGAUGCUUGCCCUCCUGGGCCUCUCACAGGCACUGAACAUCCUCCUGGACCUCCAGGGCCUGGCCCCAGCUGAGGUCUCUGCAGUCUGUGAAAAAAGGAACUUCAAUGUGGCCCAUGGGCUGGCAUGGUCAUAUUACAUUGGGUACCUGCGGCUCAUCCUGCCAGGACUGCAGGCCAGGAUCCAAACUUACAAUCAGUUCCACAACAUGCUACGGGGCGCAGGGAGCCGGCGGCUGUACAUCCUCUUACCAUUGGACUGUGGGGUGCCUGACGACCUGAGUGUGGCUGACCCCAACAUUCGCUUCCUGGAUGUGCUGCCUCAGCAGAGCACUGACCGUGCUGGCAUCAAGGGUCGGGUUUACACCAACAGCAUCUAUGAGCUUCUGGAGAAUGGGCAGCCGGCAGGCACCUGUGUCCUGGAGUACGCUACCCCCUUGCAGACCCUGUUUGCCAUGUCACAUGAUGGCCGAGCUGGCUUUACCCGGGAGGAUCGGCUUGAACAGGCCAAACUCUUCUGCCGGACACUUGAGGACAUCCUGGCAGAUGCCCCUGAGUCUCAGAACAAUUGCCGCCUCAUUGUCUACCAGGAACCUGCAGAGGGAGGCAGCUUCUCACUGUCACAGGAGGUUCUCCAGCACCUGCGGCAGGAAGAAAGGGAAGAGCUUACUGUGUGCAGCUUGGGGACCUCAGUGGUGCCUGAUUCCUCCAUGCUGUCCCAAGAGCCCAAGCUCCUCAUCAGUGGCAUGGAACAGCCUCUCCCACUCCGCACGGACGUCUUCUGAGGCCCAGGGUCACCUUGUCUGAGUCUCCAACUCAAGACUCUGGAUGGAGGCUUUCUUAUGUCCAGCAGACCCAUUUUCUC